CAAUUUAAAAUGCAUUUUAUUUUUUAUAAAUUGUUAUUCAGUCACAAUUGAAGUACUAAAUUAGACCAAUUUGGUUUAAAUCUUCGACAUCCGCCUAAAACGAUAAAGAGAGAGCUUUUUAUUGCUAAACAUUGUGAUUAUUUGAGGUUCAGGUGGUUAAAGUUUCGGCGUGAUGUUUGCAGGUAAAUGGAUCAGUGCGUAAGAAAGAUCUUAAAUAAGUUUUUAAAAAAUUAAUUGUUCUUUUUUAUCGAAGGAAAGAUCGUCUAAAUUUGAUAAAAGAAAUUUAGACGCUCAAAAUGUCAGUGCAAGAAAAAAUUCCAGCAGUAACAGAGAUUGGCAUCUCAAUGCAACGUUUCGGUUGGGUAGAUUACAUCACCUUUAUGUCUAUGUUAGGAAUAUGUUUAUUGGUUGGCAUGUAUUUUGCAUUAUAUAAAAAAUCAGAAACUGCUCAGGAUUAUCUGGUAGGCAGCAGAUCAAUGGGUGUAAUCCCUAUAGCUAUGUCACUGUUAGCCAGCUGGGUGAGUGGCAUAUCUCUUCUUGGCAUUCCUACAGAGGUGUAUGUUUAUGGAAUCCAAUAUAUUUAUAUUUUGGGUGGAUUUUUAAUAACAACCUUUCUUAUGGGAUCCAUAUUUCUUCCAGUCUUUCAAGGACUAGAAUUAACAUCAACCUAUGAGUAUCACGAACGGAGGUUUAGCAAAAGUGUCCGAUUAUUCGGAUCGAUAUUGUUUACAAUUAAAAUGCUAUCUUGGUUGCCGCUGGUUAUCUACGUCCCGGCACUUGCAUUUAAUCAAGUGACUGGAGUAAACGUACAUCUCAUCACACCAAUAGUUUGCAUAUUUUGUAUAUUUUAUACUUCAAUGGGGGGAUUAAAAGGAGUAGUGUGGACUGACGUCAUACAGCUCAUCUUAAUGUUUGGAGCUAUAAUUUUAGUGAUGGUAAAGGGAACCAUUGACAUCGGAGGAAUUGGAAAUGUUAUACAAAGAAAUUUGGACAGCAACAGACUAGAAGGUCCAAAUUUUGAUUUAGAUCCCUUAUCACGACACACUAUUUGGGCAUUGGUAAUUGGUGGAACAUUUUUCACAGUUCAAACUGCAGGAGUCAAUCAGAACAUGAUUCAGAGAUAUCUGUCAUUACCAUCUUUGAAACAAUCUAAAAAAGCACUAUGGGCGUUUUUAUUUGGAAUUUCGAUUCUAAUGAGUUUUGGUGUCUAUUGUGGAAUGCUCAUUUAUGCCACAUAUCACAAAUGCGAUCCACUAACAACCACACUAGCCAGAGAAAAAGAUCAACUGCUUCCACUACUAGUGAUGGAUAUUUUGGGGGAUUAUCCAGGACUUCCAGGAAUAUUCGUUGCAGGAAUUUUUAGUGCGGCUUUAAGCUCCUUGUCAACAGCAUUAAAUGCCAUGGCAGCUAUAGUUUUGGAAGACUUUUACAAACCGUUCUUCAGUAAGCAACUGAACGAAAAACAGUCAUUUAUUUUAAUGAAAUCUACAGUGAUCAUUACAGGAUUAAUAUGUAUUGGAUUGGUUUUUGUGGUAGAAAGAUUAGGUGCAGUCCUACAGCUUUCUGUAAGUAUAGGAUCGAUUGCUAAUGGUCCUUCAUUGGGCGUAUCUACAAUGGGAAUAUUAUUACCAUGGGUAAAUGCAAAGGGAGCAUUAAGUGGUGGAAUAUGUUCCUUAAUUUUUAUGAGCUGGUACUGUUUUAAAACUCAAAGUAUGAUUGCAUCUGGAGAUUUGAUAUUCCCAGAAAAACCAGUAUCUACUGAAGGCUGUCACUACGCAUUUCCACCGAAAAUGCCCAUUUUAAACAAUAUAACGCAUACAGAUGAACAGUUCAUGAUCUACAGACUGUCAUAUUUAUGGUACUGCCUAAUAGGAACUUUUGUAGCUGUGUUUGUGGGAUUACUAGUCAGCAUGGUAACUAAACCCACAGAUCCAAGAGAUAUAGAUCCAAAACUACUUGCACCAUUUAUACGGAAAAUAAUAAAACCGAGAAAGUAUUCUAAUGAACCAAAAGAUGGAAUAAUCUUUGCCUAUGGAUCUCCAACAAAGGUGUCUGACAACCACAGUGAGGACAAAAAAGCAGAUGUAAACAUUUAAAACAAAAUACAAAACAUGUUUUGUAAAUAAUAUUGUCUGUAGAUUUGGGUAUCUUAAAUAAUACAUUUUAUAUUCAAUGCUGCUUUAGUGGAUUAUUUGUUAUUAAAGUUUUUUUAAUAAAUAAUAUUAAAU